AGGGGCUGACCAAAGAUGUCAACAUAACCGGCAGAGAUUUAUUUAGGGCUGUGGCUCCUCAGAUGCUCACCAGCAGCUGUUGUGCAUGUGUGUGUGAGCGCAUGCGUGUCUGGACUUUCCCUUUCUUCUGAUCGGACAAGUUUUGUCUGGAAAUCACAGUCACCAUGACUCUCCAGUGGACGGCUGUGGCUUUCUUCCUCUAUGCAGAGAUAGCAGUCAACCUCAUCUUGUGUAUACCCUUCAUAUCAGCACGGAGAUGGCGUUCAGUUUUCGGCUGGAGGAUAUGGAACUGGUUGACUCCAUAUUGGAACAAAUGCUUCUUUACUAUGAUCAUGGUUCUUAUUGUUCUUUUCCUCGAUGCUGUCCGUGAGGUGCAGAAGUACUCAGGUCCCGAGCCCAUGCACGACGCCAAGGUGAACCCAAAUUUGUACGACAACGUCCACAUGAAACUGUUCAGAGCCCAGAGGAAUCUCUACAUCUCUGGCUUCUCGCUCUUCCUCUGGCUUAUCAUGCGUCGGAUUGUCACCCUGCUAAACCAGGUUGCUGUCUGUGUGGAGGACAGUGCAGGUCUGCAGGCACAAAUGGACAGUGCUGUCAAAGCAGCCAAGCAGCACCAGGACGACAACCUGAUGCUCAAACAAGCUCUCUUGAACGAGGAAAAAGCCAUGUCAGCGAAAAACCAGCAACUGAAGCUGGAGGCUAAGAAGCUGGCAGAUCAAGUUAAGGCUGCCGAGGAGGCUGUGCACAAGUCUCAGGCUGAAGUGGAGGCCAUGAAGAGGCAGGCCAAAGGUCUGGCACAGGAGUACGACAGACUACUGACGGAACAUCAUCAUCUCCAGAAUCUCCAGAGUCCUGCAGACAAAAAGGAUCAGUAACAACAGGAACACAGUGACAAUUGUUUCCAGGAUUCUCCUCGACACCUUUUCUUCUCAUUAUACACCAGAACUGUGUGCUGUGUGCAGGAAGCCACCAGAGGCAAUGUUUGUAUUAUCUUUUAUAACUUUCAUUUUCCUUUGAAGCUUGAACAGAGGCACAAUUUUUUUAUUUGAUGGGAUUAAACAAACAGUAGAGUGCAGUGUAUCUGAUAAACAGGAGCAGGUCUAUUUUCAAAUGCUGAAAACAUCUUCUCACUAAAGUCUUUAUCAGGAACAUGAACCAUUUAUUUUUGCCUGUUACUUAUGAGUAAUAAAAGGGUACAAAUGAAUUUGAAUUUCGUCUCGGGGGGCUCAUACUUGUUGCUAAUGCUAACAUUUAAGAAUGAUGAAUACCUGACCACAUCCUUGAAGUUCAUUACACUAAGCUGCAGAGAUGGUUCACCUGUUUACUCAGAGAUUUCCAUAAUAGUGUCCUCCUGUGAGCACACAAUGACUAAUGCAUACAUGCUGUACUUUAAAGGUCCAGCGUGUUGGAUUUAGGGGGAUAUAUUGGCAGAAAUAAAAUACAAUAACUAUGUUUUCUUCAUUCAUUUAAUAACCUGAAAGUAACAAUUUUCCUGUUUUACAGUAGCCCAGAAUGGACAAACCAAACACUAGCUCUAGAAAUUUGGACAAUGAGCUUUUUCCACAAAGGGCUGUCAACUCUGGGACACAUUACCAACUGAAAUCAAACUGAUUACAGAUUUAAAAUCCUUCACAACAAAGGUCAAGUGCUGGCUAAAAGCAAACCAGAGCUGUAGCCACUCUUAGCUACAUGCCCUCAAAUCUUUAGGGGUAUAAGUGUCAGUGUUUUGGUGUAUUGUGGUAUGUGUAUAGUGAUGUCUAUUGUAGUAGAUGUAUUGUGGGAUAUGUUGUGAUGUUUGUAUUGUGUUUUUUGUAUUUUAUUGUGCCUCCCAUGUUUAUAGUGUAUUGUGGUUGUAUGGUGUUUUAAACUGUGUAUUUUUAAUAACAUUUUAGGUCUAGAGUUGAAAAUUAGCAAUAGCUAUAAACUCUCUGCACAACACAUCAGUCUCAUAUUCUGUAUUAGAACUAUGUUAAUUGCAUCAUACCUAUCAAUAAAUAUAUAAAUAAAAUAAGACAGGGCCAUUUGCCUUUUUGCAUUGGCAGCUCCUCUGUGGGGAGAGCGUCACUGAUUUCUUUUUUUUUUUUAUUCGCUGUUUUUCCUGGUUUUAAUCAACAGGUCUAUUUGUUUCAGACAGGAGGAGACCUCUUACCCCUUUCUAUUAGUAGGAACCUCCUGAACAAUUAAUACUGAAGGAAUUCUAACUGGGAGAAGAUUCAGCUGGUUGCAGUUUGCAAUCCUCACCACUAGAUGCCACUAAACCCCCCUAAAACUUGCACAUUGUUCCUUUAAGUCAUUGUAUUUUUAUGGUAGGCAUGAGCUCUAAUUUAUUGCUAACAGCCUUUCACACAGACGACAUGUAGACGAAUCCUGAUGAAAACCGUUUCAUUUGUUCAGUAAGAGGAGUGCACUUGACUUGAUGUGUUCAUUUGUUCAUUGUCAACAUCUAUGUUUUAACACAGUGGUUCCCAACUGCUGGGUCCUAGUCCCAAAAGUUGGUCCUGGUCCAUUCUGAAUGGACCGCAAGUGACUCGCAACAUGUCAAGUUUGAAAAAAUACACUUUACUUUGAAGUACAGUGAAUUUCCAGCACCAUGCUUUUACUUUGAAGUACCAUUUCCUGCUGUAAUGGACAGCUACAUGAGAGAGACAACAAACUAGCUCAGUGACAUGAACAAAUGCAAGUAUGACACUGUGUGGACGAAGGAGAAAUCUGGACCCUGUGGCUGGACUAGCUGGGAACCACUGUUUUAACAGAUGUUUAGAUUAUUACAAAUGAUG